AUGGGGAAGCAAAAUGUAAACAAAUUAACGUCACUGCAAGCGGCCAGUUUCAGCAGUCCGAGCGUCGUCGGCCAGUCGAUAGCGCUGCAAAAAAAGCGCAUCCUAUUAUCGACUACAACAAAAGGACUUGUGCAGCGAUACCUAAGUACACAUCUCGAUUCAUCGUCUCGACUCGAUCCGCCGAACCGAUCCUAUUGGCGCGCCCCACUGUCGCCGCGCGGGAGCGAGAUGCAAAGCGCGCUCCUAACGGCGAGGGAUAAGGAGGGAGACGGUCAUCUUAGCUGCCGAGUGGCGUCCCACUGGGCGGGGCCGCGCCAAGGAGUGAACCUCAGAUGCGCGUAG